AUGACAAUGAAGAUGAUGGCUGUUUUCGUAAUCGUUGCAGUGGCUUUCUCAGCCGUAGGACAAGUGGCGGCAGCCACCGUGGAAGCUCCGGCUCCAAGUCCAACUUCUGAUGCUGCCAUGUUCGUACCAGCAUUGUUUGCAUCUAUCAAUAAGAUAGAAGGGAUACUUGGUAACUGUCCAAGAGUUUGUGGGAAUCAAUUAUGCGAUGAGCUGUAUUUGGAAGGAUGUGUGGGGGGCGCUAGGAUACCGACACUCACCAUCAUCACAUCAUCAUCAUCAUGGUGUUACGGUGCGGGGCCUUAA